ACAACAUGAAUUAAUGUGUAUAUAUACAAUAUUUUACGCAUAAGUAUUGUAUAUUUUUUUGUAGAUAUGACUCAACGGUUGUAAUUACUUUUGGCAAGCGGUGAAUAUCUAAUUGUCCCACCCAAAAAAAAAAAAAAAAACUUAGUAUCGGUGCAAUUGGAUGUCUAGUGUUUUUCAGUCAGGAAGUUGUUUUGAUAGUUUUCUUAAUUGUUGAAGUUUUAUAUAUCUUGAUUCGUAAUUUACAUAUGGACUGCAACAGCUACGCUGUAAAAUGGUUGCACAACAUAUUUGCAGCCAAGUGACCUCAUCGAAAUUUUUUGUCAGACAGAGUGAUAGUCAAACAGAAAAUCUGUGUACAUUUUGUUAUUAAGUAAUGCUGAUGGUAAUCUGAUCUAUAGUCAUGAGAUUGUCUUUUUGGAUUUGACUUCAAAAUGAGCAUUUAAAAUUAAUUAACAGAAAAUCUUAUUGUGGAUUAUGUUGAUCACACUUGAGAAAAUUACAUUAACUUCGUCACCUCUCUAUAUAACAUCUUCAUAAGAUUAGCAAAGGUGAUAUAUGUGCUCAUAUACUUCAAUUCACCUCUAGCUCGUACAUAUAGUAAGUCAGCUUAGUCUCGGUUUAGUGCUUUCAUUUUAUGUUAAUUAAUUUGGUUGCUUAAACAUUAGUCUGGCAUAUAUCUAGACAUUUAUCCCCUAUAAAAUAAAUUUAUGAAUUCGGGCAAAUAUUGAUGCAUCAAAGAAUUUUUGGAUGAAUUCUCUUAUCGUUAUAUUUUCUUCUGAGUUACAAUGGGGUUCAAGGAGAGACAGUUGUCCAAACUGGAAGACUUAGAGAUAGAGAAACAACUUCACCUUUUGAACAAACUAGCGGUCAAAACAAUUAAGACUAUAUAUGGUGAUACAUAUGAUUGUGUGGAUUUCAAUAAACAACUUGCAUUCGAUCAUCCGUUAUUGAAGAAUCAUAAUUUUCAUCCCCAGCCAUGUCUCUUAAAUGUCCAUUUUAUGUUGAGCUUUAUAGAAAUGCAUAUACGAUAUUGUGAAUUUGUGAUGCAUAAUUUAGUUUUAAAUCUCCAGAUGAAACCUACUUUAGCGACAACAAAGCAAAAUGCAGAUAACUCGUCAACUAGUCCGGCAUCGAGGAUAUGGUUAAAUGGCAAAGGUUAUGCCCCUAGAACAGUUCCAAUUAAAAGAACUACAAAAGAAGAUCUUAUCAGACACAGAAGUAUGCCACCACCGGAAGAUGUCACAGUUAAUGCUCAAUUGACUACGACUAACAACAAUAGCGAGCCAAAAGGAAUAUACAGAUCUUCACAAGAAUACAAGGUUGCAGUAGCUCGGACUGAAAAUAACCCAAAUAAUAAGUUUGCAGGAGCUGAAAUGGCAACUAGUGUAUGGAAUCCUUCUGUUAAAGGGAGGAUACUCGAAAAGAUGCAGCUGUUGUGUACAUGGACCAGAGACCUUGACUGGCAAGUUUUGAUGCACUCACCGUCUCUACCUUCUGAUGAUUUAGCGAGUCCAUGA